GUCGCUUUUUACAAGUGUCAUAAUUUUUGACUUUUUUAUUAUUAAUUUUUACAUUACCUUGAAAUUUUGAAUUCAAUCUAGCGAUUGCGCGUUGUACCUUCGCAUUUGAAACUCUGGUGAGUAUAAAUUAAAUAAUAUUAAUACGCAGGUAGGUAAUAAAGCAAUUAUAAUUACAAACAUUGUAAUAUAAAUACUUUUGAUAGCAGUUUGCCAUAGUAUAAUAUAUUAAAAUACGUUGAAAGGUAAAUAGCUGUUGAAAUUUAAUAUAAGUUGCGGUGCCGCGGCUAUUUAUAAAUUUUUAUUUUGUUUAUCGUCCAUAAAUAUGCAAAAUUACAACAUCUGGAAGUGAAGUCAAGGCUCGUUCAGUAUUUAAAAGUGUGAUUUUGAAAAAGUCUCACCGUAUCUUUAGUAGGUAGUAGGUGAUUUAAUAGUGUGUGUCAUGGAACGUGGCACUGUCGAUGUUUCGAAAGUUUACAAACAUUCUCAACAUAUACGGAUACAACAAGAGCAAGAAGAAAUGUGGAUAUCCAGCGAAGACCUUCGCACAGACGGAAGUAGCGAUGAAGAAGCAACCGGAAAAAUCAAAUCCAACAAAAAAUCCUCGAAACAGUUAAAAAACGAAAAGUUGCUUCGUAAAGAAGUGCUCACCAAAACCACGCCGCCGUCCAUAGACUCUUUUUCGGAAGUCGAGGAUAAAGACGUCAUUCUUCGCAGAAGAAAAAGCAGCAUGAAACCGCUGAUGGAAGAGGGCGAGACGCUGCCGAAUUACAUGGAACAGCUGAAGAUGACGCCACCAGGUGGCGCCGUUGCCAGUUCUAGUGCAUGCGGAACGAGCGAAAGUGACGUGGAGGCGCUUUAUUUGGAGAGCAAAUGGCGCCCCAAGCGUGGAAGCUUGAAACUGCCGAAUCUGGUCGAGGGUUACAACGAGUUUGGUUUAUCAUCAUUCUACAAUGAUAUAAUGAUAAACUUACACAGCCUUCAGUCAACACCUAUACUAGAUGCAGAAGAUUGCGAAGAAUUAGAGGGAAUAGAAAAAAUGGAAGAAUCAAUCGAACAGCGAAACAUUGAAAAAUCCAAAGAGUUAGUACAAAAAUUAGAGGACGAAAUUGCAGAAACCAUAAAAAUGUAUAAGUUUGAAAGAGACGAAAGGCUUAAAAUCCAAAAAGAUAUGUGCAAGGCUAUAUCGGAAAACGAUAUUCUGGAUAGGCAGUCACAAACUUUUUUGGCGCUAUGCAAAUUUCAAGAGGAAGAUUUGCAAGAAAACGAAGAUGACAAAAUGAACCAUGAAGAUGGUGAUAAAGAAACAAACAAAGCUAAAUCUGAUGCUGAUAAUAGGUUUAUUCAAAAAAAUAUUGAGCUGGCAAAACACGGCUCCAUGGCAAAUUUAUCUUUAACUGAUGAAGAAAAAUCGCAAUUGGAAAGUCUACUGAUUAAUAUUGAUGAUCUGCAUUCAAAAGAAAUAAAUGAAGAAAAAACAAGAAAAGAAUACGAUGAAGAGAAAAAUAAGGAAAAAGAUUUUGAAUAUUUAACAAAUGGAUACAAGUUUACAUUUGAAGAAAGUGAAAGAAUAAAUGAGAUUAAUGAAAAGCUAAAGGGUUAUUCAGAAGAUAGAGAUACAGAGUCUGAUUUAGAACCUUGUGGGUACGAGAGCAUGUCAACAUUUUUACUAGAAAAGGCGUUAAAGGAUAUUGAUAAAAAAAUAUCUAGCUUAAGUAAUGAAAUGUUCAAUGAUAUAAAUUUAGAUAUUGUUGAGGAAAGUAACGAUGAAUAAAUA